AUGUUUUACCGUGCGGCUUACCGUUUCCCCACUACCUUGUACAGGACCAGACGAUCGCCUUCAGCUCGGUAUUUGCAUCAAGUUACGGCAGACUUCCAGAACUACGACUCAAAAGGGAACCUAGUCACUGAAAAGGUCCCUGUCAUUGCCGGUGAUCCAGGCGAAACCUACCUUCUGGUGUAUCCAGAAGUCGGCAGUGCUUUCCGUGCUGCUGCAAAGAAAGCACACAUAUCUGCGCCUGUUGCGGACGUUAUACCAACAUGCAAACUUAUGUUCUUUCAUGAGUCGCAGCAUUUUGGGUUUGCUCAGUUUGCUUAUCAUGCAAGCGCUAGUGCACAGAAUCUCAAGCAUGUCUUGGAACAGUUAAAGGAUGUGUGA